AUGACGAGCCCCAACACUAGCACCAGCAUGACGAGCUGGAUCGAGACGCCUGCCGUUAUCCUCUCGGCCGACUGUGUACACGCGUUUGGCACGUUUGGCAGCAAGUGCUUCGGUCUCGUCUUUCGCGAAGCCGACUUUGACGCGGUGGUCGACGAGCCCACGUCCCACGACUUUACCUUGCCCAAUGGGUCGCCGGCCAUGUGCUUUGAGCUGCAAAAGCUCUCGGAGGAGCACGGCUGGGUCGCCCACGGUCCUCGCGGCAAGGCUGCGUCGCCGCAGAUUGGCGACCGCAUCGUCAUCCUCGUCAACCACUCGUGCCCCGUGGUGAACCUCUCGAACGGCCUUGUCGUCAAGGGCGCGUCGCCACGCACGAUCGAGCUCAUCGCGCGCGGCUUGUGCCAGUAGCUCUUUCCUGACCGUGAUUGC